AUGCUAGAUACCCCUACAAAGCAGACUCCAACACCUGAAGUGGAAAUGAGUGUCAUGUCUGAGACGAAAACAAGUAACGUGGAUAAGGUAAUUAAUGCCGAAGACCCUAAGAAAGAUGAAACUCCUACCACCAUUAAGGAAAACAAGAAAUCGAAUUUCAUUAUAAGAACAAUCUGGACCUUUGUGAUGAUUGGAGGAUUUUUUGCCACAUUGGCAUCCGGUCACAUAUGGUGUGUCCUUUUAAUUGUUUGGUGUCAAAUUGCUACGUUCAAGGAAUGUAUUGCUGUCACAAGUGCAUCAGGACGUGAGAAGAACCUACCCUUGACAAGAACUUUGAAUUGGUAUUUCCUCUUUACCACAAUUUAUUAUUUGGAUGGUACGUCGUUGUUCAAUUUUUUCAACAGCUCAUUUUAUGAAUACCGUUUUCUUUCUAUUAUCGCUGCAAAUCAUAAGUUUAUCUGUUACUGUUUAUAUGUGAUGGGUUUUGUGCUGUUUGUUUGUAGUUUAAGAAAGGGAUUCCUAAAAUUCCAAUUUGCGUCUCUGUGCAUUACACAUAUGGUUUUGUUGUUGGUAGUCUUCCAAGCACAUUUAAUCAUUAAUAAUGUUUUAAGUGGUUUAUUCUGGUUCUUGUUACCAUGUGGGUUAGUUAUAGUCAAUGAUAUAUUUGCCUAUUUGUGUGGUAUAACAUUUGGCCGCACAAAAUUAAUUGAAAUUUCCCCAAAGAAAACAUUAGAAGGUUUCUUAGGAGCCUGGUUUUUUACUGCAUUGGCCAGUAUAAUUCUAACGAGAUUGCUAGCACCAUUUUUAUAUCUAACGUGUCCAGUGCAAGAUAUUCACACAAAUUUCUUUACUCCAAUAACAUGUGAAUUAAACCCUGUCUUUAUCCCACAAGAAUAUAGACUUCCACCAAUUGUCUUUGAAAAAUUCGGUAUUUCUUCCAUUACCAUCAAGCCAAUAUAUUUCCAUGCAUUAAAUUUAGCCACGUUUGCCUCUCUGUUUGCUCCAUUUGGUGGAUUUUUUGCAUCUGGUUUAAAGAGAACUUUCAAAGUUAAAGAUUUUGGUCAUUCUAUUCCAGGACAUGGUGGUAUCACUGAUAGAAUUGACUGUCAAUUCUUGAUGGGAUCAUUCGCCAAUUUAUACUACGAAACUUUUAUUAGUGAGCACAGAAUUACAGUAGAAACUGUCUUAUCGACAAUCUUAAUGAAUUUGAAUGAAAAGGAAAUAUUGCAACUGGUCGAGACAUUGACAACCAUUUUGUUUAAGAAGGAGGUCAUUGAAGAAUCUAGUUAUAAAGAGUUAGCAUCUGUAUACAAUUCUCUUUCUCACUGA